AUGAAUACCCUAAACCAGUCCAUCGCUUCCAACGGGCACCCGUUGUUCCCUGCUAGCGGAGGGACAGCGCACUGCCCUCGUCAGGAUGCGGCCCUCCCGAUGUCUCUUCAUCUCCACCCGUCAAAGCCUCUGCGACCAAGCCCCUCCCAGAGAGCAUCCCUUCUCGCUUCGGACGGCGGGAGUAGACACGGCAAACUGGUUGUUGAGUUGGAGACUGGGGACGUCCUAUUGAAGCAGCAGACCCCGUCCGCGCUUGUGGGAGGGUUCCUCCACUCCCUUCUGCAGAAGAAGGAGCUCGAACAGCGCUCAACCCCGCCCAGAAUCACGCUUACGGUGUCGGUGGUCUCCGCGGUGAAGCUGGAGAGGAAGCAGAUGGACCAGAUCGCGAAGAAGAUGCAGAAGCUCACCGGCUUCCAGGAUCUGAAACUAGAGAACACCGUCGACCCCUCCCUCAUCGCCGGAUUCGUCAUCAGCUACGGGAGCGACGACGCCCAUGUCAUCGAUCUGAGCGUGAAGGGCCAGCUUGCUCAGAUCGCAGCGCGGCUCGAGUCUUCAGAUCAAAGACAAGGCUGGAAUCUCUCAGGGGGCCUCUGA